AUGAGGGCGACCAUCAUGGUGUUCCAGGCUCUUGCGCAGUACCAGAUAGACAUUCUGCAGCACAAAGACCUCAAUUUGAACGUUACUAUUCUCCUGCCAUGCCGUGCUAGUCCAAUAAAGUACAACAUCUUAAAUCACAACGCUCUGGUGGCCCGAACAGCAGAGACCAAAUGGAAUGAAGAUUUCACUGUGAAGGCAGAAGGAACUGGACAAGGGACCUUAACCGUAAUAACUAUUUAUAAUGCAAAGCUACGGGAGGAUGAAUCUCAGUGUAAGAAUUUUGACCUGGGGGUAUCGGUCGAAGAAGCCCGGGGCGUUAAGAAGCCGGAAGGAGCCAUGCGUUCAGUCUAUAUUAAAAUCUGCAUCAGGUUCCUUGGUGUGGUUGAUGCCACAAUGUCCAUCAUCGAUGUCUCCAUGCUCACUGGCUUCUCACCGGACGUGGAAGAUCUUAAGAGACUUUCCCAAGGGGUCAACAGAUACAUUUCCAAGUAUGAAAUCGACAAAGCCCCAUCCGACAGAAGCAACCUCAUGAUCUACCUGGAUAAGGUUUCUCACACAGAGGAGGAAUGCCUGCAGUUUAAAGCUCACCAGUUUUUCGAAGUGGGGCUCAUUCAGCCGGCAUCCGUCACAGUCUACGACUAUUAUACCAUAGGUAACAGAUCGCAGCUCUUCUCACCAUUCAAGGCACCAUGGCUUCAAAUUCUGCUCUGGGUCACAUUGGUAUCAUUACCUCUUGCAGUCUUUUGCUGCAGUACUUAGGCAUCAUUAUCCCCCUGUAACAGAGGGGAUGCACUGAGAUGGUAAGAGACUUGCCAUCAGGUAAGGCCUAGACAGCUAGGAGCACAGCUGGGAGCAGAUUGCCAGUUCAGAGCUCUA